CAGUAAACAAGUGAACAGCAUUGAUCAGUGCCCUGGCUCAGGGGAAGGAAUGUGACCUAGCCUGCUGGUUAGGAGAGAGGAGGAGCUUCAGGGCAGGGUGGAUCCCGGGCAGGGCUAGAAGCUCAUGGGGAGCUCCAGAUCGGCAGCCUUGUUUCUGCCUCUCCUGCUGCUGCUCUUCAGCCUGUCUGCUGCUGCUGAGGUUGACUGUCCCUACCUGCCACGCCGGAUCAGCCACUGUCUGCUGGCCCUCCGUGUGGAUAAGAGUUCCACCGGAAGUUCUGCUCAAGCUCCCUGCCCUACCCUCCUGGCCACAAAGCCUUGGCUCUGGCCCUGCUGUUUGUGCCUGCAUCUGAUGUCCCGUCCUUCAGGCCUUCAGUGGGGCUGGUUCCCUCUCUUGGUGAAGAAAUCUAAAAGUCCUCAUAAGUUUGAAUUCUAUUGGAGGCACAGGACACCGGCCUCCUCCCAGAGGAAGCUGCUAGGCAGCCUUUUCCUGUCUCAUGGAGGCCAUCGCAUUUCCAGCCCCUCCCCAGCCAUCUCCCACAGAGGGCCACGCUCCAAAAGGACCCAGCCUUUGGACACAGAAGGAGCAGAGCAUCUUCUUAGAGCAGGUUCACAGAAGCGUGGAGGACCUGACUUCUCCUUUGAUUUGCUGCCUGAGGCACAGGCUAUUAGGGUGACGCUUCCUCCAGGCCCAGAGGCUAGUGUGCGUCUCUGUUACCAGUGGGCCCUGGAAUGUGAAGAUAUGAACAGUUCCUUUGAUACCCAGAGAAUUGUGUCUGGGGGCCACACUGCAGACCUGCGUUAUGAAUUCCUCCUGCCCUGCAUAUGCAUAGAGGCAUCCUAUCUGCAGGAGGAUACUGUGAGGCGCAAAAAGUGUCCCUUCCAGCACUGGCCUGAAGCCUAUGGCUCGGACUUCUGGAAGUCAGUUCACUUCACUGACUACAGCCAACACAGUCAGAUGGCCAUGGCUCUGGCACUCCGCUGCCCACUGAAACUGGAGGCCUCCCUCUGCCAGAGACAGGACCCACUCGUGCCCUGUGAAACCCUCCCCAAUGCCACAGCACAGGAAUCAGAAGGACGGUAUGUCCUGGGGAAUGUGGACCUGCACCCCCAGCUCUGCUUUAAGUUUUCUUUUAAGAAUAGCAGCCAUGUUGAAUGUCCCCACCAGAGCGGGUCUCUCCCAUCCUGGAAUGUGAGCAUGGACACCCAGGGUCGACAACUGACCCUGCACUUUUCCUCGAGAACACAUGCUACGUUCAGUGCUGCCUGGAGUGACCCAGGCUUGGGGAUCGAUACCUUAAUGCCUCCGGUGUACAGCAUCAGCCAGACCCAGGGCUCAGUCCCGGUGACUUUAGACCUCGUCAUUCCCUUCUUGAAGCCGGGGAGCUGCAUCCUGGUGUGGAGGUCCGAUGUCCAGUUUGCCUGGAAGCACCUUUUGUGUCCUUAUGUCUCCCAUAGACACCUGGGGCUCUUGAUCCUGGCACUGUUGGGCCUCCUCAUUCUACUGGGCGUAAUUCUGGUCCUCCUCUGCCGGCGCCUACUGCCAGGUCCAAGCCAAGCGCGGCCAAUUUUACUACUGCACGCAGCGGACUCAGAGGCCCAGCGGCGCCUGGUGGGAGCGUUGGCCGAACUGCUGCGGACCGCGCUGGGCGGCGGGCGCGACGUCAUCGUGGACCUCUGGGAGGGGACUCAUGUGGCACGUAUUGGACCACUGCCAUGGCUCUGGGCUGCGCGGGAGCGCGUGGUGAGGGAGCAGGGCACGGUGCUGCUGCUGUGGAACUGUGCAGGCCCCAGCCCAGCCGGCAGCAGCGACUCGCAGACUGCGUCCCUUCGCACCCUGCUCUGCGCUGCCCCACGCCGGCUGCUGCUUGCCUACUUCAGUCGCCUCUGCACCAAAGGCGACAUCCCCCGGCCUCUGCGCACUCUGCCACGCUACCGCUUGUUUCGUGACCUGCCGCGCCUGCUGAGGGCGCUGGAUGCUCGACCUGCCACCCUAGCCACCAACUGGAGUCAUCUUGGGGCUAAGCGAUGCUUGCAAAGCCGCCUGGAGCUGUGUCACCGGCUGGAACUUGCCGCCAGAGUUGACUACCAAAGCUCAACCCAUCAUCCCUGCGAUUCCAGUUGUCUGUAGCCUCUGCCUAGGGAGCAACAGCUGGAACUAUAAAAUGAGGCCUCAAACUUGUACUCUUUGGGGAUUUCUUGCCUCCCCCCUCAAAACUGUAAGGCUCACCCCAGGCCCCAAACUUGUCCAGCUUCAUUCUCAUAUUCGCUCCCUCUCAGAGUCCCUGAGAGAAAGUUGGACCCUUUCUGAGGAAGAGGGGCGAUUUUUCUGUUUUCUUUCGGAAACUGCAAAGACAGCCACCUGCACCAUAUACUCUAGCCCAGGCGGCAGAGCUGGUCCAAGGCUGGGAAGCAGGCGCUAUAUGUCAAGGCCUUGAAGGUAGUUCUGCUCAGUGGAGUUGAGAGAAACCCCUUGUAAGUUUCCAGACGGAGUCUCUAUCCAGAGGGAGUUUGACUUUUUGUUUUACUUUGUUUUUGUUUGCUUGAGACAGACACUGUAGCCCUGGAUAGCCUGGAACAAAGAGAGAGCUUGCUGCCUCUGCCUCCUGAGUGCUGGGGUUGAAGGCGUGCCCCCCCCCCCCACUUGGUGAGAGAGAGGAUUUUCUUUCAUCCAGAAAGAUGAAUAAAAGCGACCAUCGUAGAUAAAUUAAGGA